GCCUCCCUGAAGGGGGAGGGCUGGAAGCCGGGGCAGGGCCCCAGUCAGCUAUGCAAGGCUACGAAAGCAGGCAGCACAAAGCAGAGGAUCCAACAGCUUCCUGAAACUCAGAGUGGACACUACAGCUUUGACCAUCUAAGGCACCACUCCUGCUCCAAAGCUUAUAACUCCAUUUGUCAUUCUGAGGCCUCUGCUCAUUCUGUACCCUAAGGAUGGAGCCAGUACUAGGAGUAAAAAUUGGCUGCCUGUUUGCCCUGCUGGCUCUCACCCUGGUCUGUGGCCUUAUUCCCAUCUGCUUCAAAUGGUUCCAGAUUGAGGCAGCCAGAGGUCGUCACCGCUGGGUCCUCAGCCUACUGGGCUGCAUUUCUGCCGGUGUUUUCCUGGGAGCAGGGUUCAUGCACAUGACUGCUGAAGCCCUGGAGAGAAUUGAGUCAGAGAUCCAGAAGUUUGUGAUGCAGAACAAGACAGAGAGUGAGGGUGCUGCUAAUUCAGCUGAUAUGGACUAUCCCUAUGGAGAACUCAUCAUCUCCCUGGGCUUCUUCCUCAUCUUCCUCUUGGAGUCGCUGGCAUUGCAGUGCUGUCCUGGAGCCAGUGGAGGAUCAAAAGUGCACGAGGAGGAAGUGGGAGCGGCUCAUGUCCUUGGACUCCACAGCCAUGGAUCUCUACCCUUACCCUCUCGGAGUCCCUUUCGAGUCCUCGUCCUCUUGCUCUCACUCUCCUUCCACUCGGUGUUUGAAGGGAUGGCUGUGGGGCUGCAGACCACAGUAGUAGCUACCGUGCAGCUGUGUCUUGCUGUCCUGGCUCACAAGGGGCUCGUAGUGUUUGGCAUAGGACUUCGGCUGGUGCAGACAGGCACUGCAUUACGAUGGGCUGCGCUCUGCAUACUGACAUUUGCUCUCAUGUCCCCCCUGGGCCUCAUCCUAGGGCUGGCUGUGGCUGGAGGAGACUCUGAAGGGGGACGAGGCUUAGCCCAGGCUGUGUUAGAGGGGGUGGCAGCUGGCACCUUUCUGUAUGUCACCUUCUUAGAAAUUCUGCCCAGGGAGCUAGUUGGUCCUGAGGCCCCUCUGAUCAAGUGGGGCUGUGUAGCUGCUGGUUUUGCCUUUAUGGCCAUUAUUGCUUUGUGGGCCUGAGAGAUUCCUGACUUUUCUGAUGGACCCCAGGAGACACCUCCCAUAUGGCUCUGGCCCUCAGACACUUCUCCACUGAGACUGCGUGGCAUUCACUAGACAUCAUCCCCAUGAACUAGGUUCCACCUUUUCCUAAGUGAGAUCCCACUGCUCACCCAGGACCGAGAAAAGGAUGUAUAUUUAGGUGAGUGCCGAUACACUGGAGAAUUGAUGUAAAGACCAUCACCCCAGAUUUGACUCUUAUUCCAUUUUUGCUACUGUGUGCAAUAAAAUGUCCAUUUUACCUCCUCCCCCUUCAAGCAUGCUCUACUCCGUUUCUCCGGGUUACCCAAGAGCCACCUAGUGGGGUGGGGGGUGGGAAAGGCGAGUAUAGGAUGCAGUCUUGUCUUCUGGAAUCAGAGCCCUGAGCCAUUUUGUCAUUUGUAGCCAUGUCCCCAGAUGUGGGAGCAUUGCUGAAAUUCCAGCAACCUGCUCCCCCCUUACCCACAGGUGUUGAGAAACUGAGCCAGAAUUCCCAGCAGUUAGAGAAGAGGAGGUUUAAAAACAGA